ACUUUUGGAUACGACGGUACGACUUCCGUUUGAGCUGGAUCAUACAUGUCAACAGCAGAUCUCCUGGGGGUUUAGUUGUUUGGUCUUCUGAUCUGAUAGGUAGUGGUGGUAGUACGGUACCGGUAGCCGAAGCAAGAGGUGUGGGAUUGCAUUUUCUGGCUACUAGUUGGCUCUACAAGGUAAAAGGGUUCUGAGCAAGAUUAGAUUCCCAGUUGUUUGGAUACUACAUACUUUCGUCAGGACUGAACAAGCAGUCAAUACAACAGCAAGGCAGCACAAUCUAUCACAGCAGCAACAAGGCAACAACAACAAGUUGAAGAUGGCGUCUCCGUUUGGCGUUUCCCUCAAGACUGCCCAGAGAGACAAAGAAGCAGAUGCGGCCAAGGUGGAUCGAUCCAAAGCCAGUGUUUAUUCAUGGGAUGACGAUCGUCUCCAGAACACGGCCGUCGUGAAACGGCGAAUCACCAAGGCUGCCAUUGCCGUACAAAGAUUCAUCCGGGCCUGCUUAUCCCACUGGCGAUACUAUAAUUCCUAUCGGAUUCCUCUGCAGCAGGAACUAGACGAUAUCAAGAGACGAAGACAAGAAGAAUUGGAUGAGGUCAAGGAUUUCUUGAAACGAGGCUAUGAUCAGGCCAAGUUUGAGAUCGAAGCGGAAGUAUCCAUGCCACAGGCACAGUUUCUCAAGCUCAGAGCAACCACCAAUGAACUAAAGACACAAAUCAAAGCAGAGGAAGAACUUACUCGGGAACUCGACAAGCAAAUCCUGGAAGAACACAACACUGAGAAAAGAUUGGGAAGGGAGAAACACGAGUUGGAAGCUCAGGAGGAACUGUCGCGUCUAGACAAAGAAAUUCCUCUUCUAGAAGCGGAAAGAAUGGAAUACGAAGGGGUAGCGGACGAGUUUGGAGAUAUUGUCAAGGGACUGCAAGGGCAACUGGAUGAAAUGAACACGGGGGUCAGAGUGGAAAAAGCACACAAGUCAUGCCUUCUCAAGUACUUUGCAAAAAUUCUCAAGGAAUUGGAAAGCAGGGGUGCAAAGCCAAAGGUGGUUCAAAGUGUGAAACUGGUCAUCAAAUACAAAGGCGAGCCACCUCCCAAACCAGCGCCCGCUCCAGCUCCAGCCCCGGAACCUCCCAACCCGACAAAAGCAGAAGAAGAAACGCCGCCAGAAAAAAGAUCUUCCAAUGGCGACGCAGGGCCAACAGCCAAGGACACAUCUGACCUGCCGCCUCCAAAAUCUACUGCCAGACAACGGGGAUCUGCAUUGCGGGCCACCACUGGCUCCAUGCCAGCCGUCAGAAUUGAACAGCCACAAUCUUCUGGAAAGAGUAGGUCGAAAAGCCCAAAGAAGGAGAAGUCAAAGGAAAAGUCAAAGAAAAGUCGAUCGAAAAGUCCUAACCGAUCGAAAAGUCCUUCCAAAGACCGAUCGAAGAGCCCCUCCAGAGAUAAAACCAGACGAGGCAGAAGAAAGUCCAGGAAAUCAGUCAGCCUCAAGAGCACGGAGACACUCGACAAUCAAGAGAGGGACAGACGGCACCAAUUGGUACGUCAAAUGUCGAGGAGACCCACUCGUAGCUUGUCGCCACUUUCGUUGAAGGAAAAGAAAAAGAACAUUGAAAGUAAGAACUUCAAGCGUAGCCAGAGCGAAGAACCCUCAUUCAACUGGUCAACAAUGACUGCUCUGAUUGACAAGGAAAGAGACAAAAUCAAAAAGGAAAAAGACAAGAAGGGCAAAAAGAAAGACAAGGACUUGUCGUCCUCGAAGAAAAGCAAGCGGGGUUGAGGGACAUGGUAGUCUGCUUUCGCUGGGACGAAGUAUCGAAUCAAAGUCUUGUGAUUCCUCUCGUGGUUGCUUUGUGAGGAGGGGAUGGGUCAGAAUAGCCCUUGAACUGAAAAACGUAUCAACUGAACGCCUAUGCCAGUGGAUUCUUACAUAGCUUUCCGGCUUCCUCCUGCAAAUGCAAAUGAAGCGCUGAGAGAUCUAUGUCAUACGGUGCAGUAUAGUUGUGGUGCUUUCUACGUGUGCUUCUCCACGCGGCUCGUCUGAGCUAAAUCUAUUGAUCCUUUAGCACUCGUGAAUGCCUAGCUAGCCAACUCAUUGAAUAAGUACAAUACAUUACGUUAGUAAU